GUUUGCGUUUUUUGUUUGUUUGUUUUGUUUCUCUGUCUUGUGUUCUGUUUUUUUUUUAAUUUUGUUUUUGUUUGUCUUGUGUUGUUCUUUUUGUUGCUUCUUCCUUUUCUUCGUUCCUAAAAUAUACUGUUUUGAGUUUCUGCGGAUGUCCUUCGACUUGAGGUAAUAAUAAUAAUAAUAAAGGCUGGAUUUUGUGUCCCAUCACUUACAUUAAAAUGUCUUUACGGCCUCUCUCUGCAGACGGCAUGAGCAGGGUUAACGUUUAUAUAAAAAUAACAAAGUGCCUCACAUAAAAUGAAUAAAAACCAGCAGAUAUGAAACACCAGUGACAGAGCAACUAAUAACCUUUUCUAACUGACAGAUGUGCACAUGACCAUCCUCUCCUUGGAGGGGGCCGCAACCCAGCUGACGUCUGUGCGGGAGGAGGAGCAGCCUGAAGUCCUCCACAAUCCGGCAUCACUUUGAGAAAUGUUCCAGCAAGUCAGUCUCCCCAACUGUCUUUGUCGGCACUCUGCUCACUGUCAUCAUGUUAGUAAGAUCCGACACGGGGAGGUCUGCAGCUCGAGAGCCGCGUGACAAUGGAAAACCAUGAGGUGUAUAUCCUGAAGGACGUUUCAUGGAUCUCCAUGCGGGACGAGUCGCAUCCAUAGGACAGAAGAGGCGAGGAGACGCGCCAACUCACCGGACUGCCGCGGCGCGUCAGCGCGACUGCUCCAAGUUUAACCUCUGAGCUAUAAAGUGAUAACAGUUCAUGGAGGUGUUGUCAGAUAUCGAACAGUCUUUGGAUGCGUUGAUGGGUUGAAUGACUGAGCAUCUUCUCAUGCGACUCGCUUGAUUUUCAUUGGGUCGUUUUUUGUUUUUUUGUUGUUUUUUUGUUUGGUUUGUUUUUAUUUUUUCUUUUCAUCGUCAGUCAUCCAUCUCAUAAAAUAAAUAAGACAUGGCGCUGAGCAACACGUCCCUGUCCAACCCCUCCGUCCUCCACGUGGACUUCACCUUGAAUGACUUCAUGGACGAGAACGAGACGAACCUCACCACCGGAGAGCAGAACUCGCUGGGCUGCGUGCAGAUCCGCGUCCCCCAGGAGCUCUUCCUGACCCUGGGGCUCAUCAGCCUGGUGGAGAACAUCCUGGUGGUCCUCGCCAUCAUCAAGAACCGCAACCUGCACUCGCCCAUGUACUACUUCAUCUGCUGCCUGGCCGUCUCCGACAUCCUGGUCAGCGUCAGCAACGUGGUGGAGACCAUAUUCAUGCUCCUCAACGACCACGGCCUGAUGGACGUGCACCCCGGCAUGCUGCGCUUCCUGGACAACGUCAUCGACGUGAUGAUCUGCAGCUCCGUGGUGUCCUCGCUCUCCUUUCUGUGCACCAUCGCCGCGGAUCGCUACAUCACCAUCUUUUACGCGCUGCGCUACCACAGCAUCAUGACCACGCAGCGCGCCGUCACCAUCAUCGUGGUGGUGUGGCUGGCCAGCAUCACCUCCAGCAUCCUCUUCAUCGUGUACCACACCGACAACGCCGUCAUCGUGUGCCUCGUGACCUUCUUCUGCACCACCCUGGUGUUCAACGCCGUGCUCUACCUGCACAUGUUCCUCCUGGCGCACGUGCACUCCCGGCGCAUCAUGGCUUUCCACAAGGCCAGGCGCCAGUCCACGAGCAUGAAGGGCGCGAUCACCCUCACCAUCCUGCUCGGAGUGUUCAUUUUAUGCUGGGGCCCCUUCUUCCUCCACCUCAUCCUCAUCCUCACCUGCCCCGCCAGCCCCUUCUGCAACUGCUUCUUCAGAAACUUUAACCUUUUCCUCAUCCUCAUCAUCUGCAACUCGCUCAUCGACCCGCUCAUCUACGCCUACCGGAGCCAGGAGCUGCGUAAAACCCUGCAGGAGCUGGUGCUGUGCUGCUGGUGCUUCGGGGUGUGACACCAGGGGUCUCCAACAGCGUCAGCUCCCGAAGGGUGACAGACUGAACUGGCAGAUGAUGACAAUGCCCGACACUGCACGGGAGAAAGACUGUAACCCUGGAAAGUAAUAAUAAUAACUAUGAUAAUAAUAAUAAUUGUGUGCAUCUCAUUGUGGAUUUUAUAAUCAUGUGCAAGCAUCAGGUUAACUGCGGGACAUUUGGACGUUUAAUCCGGUACUGACUCAUUCGAUUGUAAACUCACACAUAAGAGAGUUUGCAGGUCGCUGGACUAAACUGAAAUAACUGAGUAGCAUUUUAUUUUGUAUUAAAUCAGUUUCAAAUCUUUAAAAAAAAAAAAAGAAGAAAAAGGAAAAAAAAAACAUGGAAAAAAAGCCAUUUCCUGUGCAGAUCAGUUGUGUUUCUUGUAUAUAAAGUGCCUUUUUCGUGUUGUUGAUCCUUCUCAUCUCUGCUUUUAAAAGCUGCAUUUGAAGAAAACAAGGAGAACGAACUCAGACUCUGCCCUGGAGAUACGUUUUAUAAAAUGAUAUAACCAAACUCAUGACUCACGACAAAAACAAGCCUUGGCAUUCAAUGCGUAAAGGAUAUUU